ACAGAAAUUAAGAGAGAAGGGGAAAAGAGGGAGAAAAAAACUCAGAUCUUGAUUCCGAGCUUAUACAUCUGAAGCAACAUUUCCCAGAUCCAAUUUAGAUCUCCAUUCCUUUUCUUACUCUUCUUCUGCUGUCAAUGGAGGCCUAACGGAUUGCUAGAGAGAGAGAGAGGGAGAAGAUACAGACGAAGGGCUCACGAAUAACCAUGAGAAUGUUAUCGGCCUCCCCGGUCUCCGAAGACCGGCCCUCCGCCGCGGGAAUCUCCGGAGGCGCCGGUCAUCGGGACGCUGAGUCGUUAUUCCUCGCGAAACCAAUAUUGGAGAUCCGGAAUGUGGAGUCGGCGACUAGGAAGAGCAUAGAGGAUAAAAAAGAGGAGCUCCGGCAACUCGUCGGGACUCGGUACCGCGACCUGAUCGACUCGGCCGACUCGAUUGUGCAUAUGAAGUCGUUGUGUGAGUCAAUCUCAGGUAACAUCUCUUCGAUCCACGGUCAUAUUCGCUCGCUUUCCUCUUCCCCUGUGGCGGAGACUCCAAAGCUUGUCAGUCCUAACCCAAAAAGGGUCCAUGUCUACGGGAUCGCAUGUCGUGUCAAGUAUCUGGUGGAUACGCCUGAGAACAUAUGGGGAUGUCUUGAUGAAUCGAUGUUUCUAGAGGCUGCCGGGAGGUAUGUGCGUGCUAAGCAUGUGCAGCAGAGACUGAUAAUGUCAGAGGGAAGUGUCGGUGGUGGUGCGGCGGAGAUGGAUCAGACUAAGAUCUCGGCGAAUUUCCCACUGUUGCAGCAUCAGUGGCAGAUAGUAGAGAGCUUCAAAGCUCAGAUUUCGCAGAGGAGCCGUGAGCGGCUUCUGGAUCGGGGUUUAGGAUUAGGGGCUUAUGUUGACGCCUUAGCUGCCGUCGCAGUGGUUGAUGAACUGGAACCCAAUCAGGUGCUUGAGUUGUUUCUCGAGUCGAGGAAGACUUGGAUUCUGCAGAAGCUGAGUGCUUGUGCUGGUGAUGCUUCUUGGGAUGAUGUUGUUUUGGUUUUCUGUGAUGUUUUGAGUGUGAUUCAGGUUACAGUGGGACAAGUUGGGGAAAUGUUCUUGCAAGUUUUGACUGAUCUGCCUCAGUUUUAUAAGAUAAUCUUGAGUACCCCUCCAGCUUCGCAAUUGUUUGGUGGAAUCCCAAAUCCUGAGGAGGAGAUUGGGUUGUGGAAAUCCUUUAGAGAUAGGCUGGAAAAUGUCAUGGUCGUCCUAGGUAAAAAGUAUACUGCUGAGACCUGUUUGAAUUGGUUGCGGGAAUGCGGAGAGCAGAUUGUUUGUAAGGUUAAUGGGAGACACUUGAUCGAAGCUAUUGCAACCGGCGUGGAGCUUGGAUCAGCUGAAAAGUUGAUUAGAGAGGCCAUGGAUAGUAAGGAGGUCUUGAAGGAUAGUCUGGAUUGGCUUAAGAGCGUUUUUGGAUCUGAGAUAGAACUGCCUUGGAGCAGAAUCCGGGAGCUUGUUUUGGAGGAUGAUUUGGAUCUAUGGGAUGAAAUAUUUGAGAAGGCUUUCGUUGAAAGAAUGAAAUCGAUUAUUGACUUCAGGUUUGAGGAUUUGGUUCAAGCUGUCAAUGUGGCAGAGUCAGUUCAUGCUGCUGGGGAGAUCAUCUGUGAUAAGAUUGACUUCCAAGCCUACUUAAAUAGACCAUCCACUGGUGGUGGGGUCUGGUUCAUUGAGCCAAACACAAAGAUGGCUGGUCUUAUUUCAGGAAAUAAAUCACCACCUGAAGAAAGCGAUUUCCAGGGUUGUCUUACCGCAUACUUUGGUCCUGAAGUUAGUCAAAUCAGAGAUGCAGUGGACAGGCGCUGCCAGAGCGUUCUCGAGGACCUCUUAAGCUUCUUUGAAUCGCCAAAAGCAGCUCUAAGGUUAAAGGAUCUAGCUUCAUAUGUGCAGAAUAAAUGUUAUGAUAGUGUCUCAACUGUUCUUGCAGAUGUAAAUAAAGAAUUUGAGACUCUGUAUUCUGCCAUGAGAACUAAAGUCAAGAACAGUGAAGCAAUUCCUCCUGCUAUAGUUAUUGAAAGAUCACUUUUUAUUGGGCGCCUCUUGUUUUCACUGCAGAAGCACUCGAAACAUGUUCCUUUGAUACUUGGUUCUCCAAGGUUGUGGGCUAAAGAAACUGUGGCUGCAGUUUCUGACAAGUCAUCAUCCUUGUUUAGCCAACCGAGACUUGCCUCAGAUUCUAUAGUCACUGCUGGGAGCCCUGGAAAGAUGAAGCAAACUGAUCUUAGAAAGCAAACUUCGUUAGCUGUUGGUGCACUGCUCGGAGCGGAAGAGAAGACAAGUCCAAAACUCGAAGAGCUGAAUAGAACUAUGCGAGAUCUGUGCAUCAAGGCUCACACAUUGUGGAUACAGUGGUUAUCUGACGAGCUUUCAGCUAUUCUCUCACGUGAUCUUGGAAGGGAUGAUGGUUUGUCUGCUACAACUCCUUUAAGGGGUUGGGAAGAGACGGUAGUCAAGCAAGAGCAGAAUGAGAGCCAAUCUGAAUUGAAAAUAUCACUUCCCUCAAUGCCUUCACUCUAUAUGAUUUCAUUUCUAUGUCGAGCAUCGGAAGAAAUUCAUCGGAUUGGAGGUCACGUACUCGACAAAUCAAUUCUGCAAAAAUUUUCCUCAAGCUUGUUGGAGAAGAUCGACAUUAUUUAUGGGGAUUUCUUAUCUGCAAGGGAGGCCAAGGAGUCGGACCCUCAGAUUUCAGAGAAAGGAGUUCUGCAAAUUUUGCUGGAUUUGAGAUUUGCGUCUGAUGUUCUUUCUGGGGGUGAUACAAGCACUGGUGAAGAGCUAUCAAAGAGCACAACAACUAGAUCACCUUUUAGACGGAAGCAGGAUCGACGGCAAACAAAAUCAGUCAUUAGAGGUCGUAUCGAUGGGUUGAUUUCUCGUCUUACUGGAAAGUUGGAUCCCAUAGAUUGGCUCACGUAUGAGCCUUAUCUUUGGGAGAAUGAAAAACAAUCAUACCUACGGCAUGCUGUCCUCUUCGGAUUCUUCGUGCAGCUGAACCGGAUGUACACAGAUACGGUCCAGAAACUGCCCACUAAUUCCGAAUCGAAUAUUAUGCGAUGCUCUACUGUUCCCCGCUUCAAGUAUCUUCCAAUAAGUGCUCCGGCUCUAUCGUCAAGAAGUACAAAUAAGGUUUCUGUUCCGGCUGCUGCUUCUGAUGAUGCUUUGAGGAGAAGCCCAUGGAAGGCAUAUGCAAAUGGCGAGCUCUCCCGAAAGAGUGAUUUGGACGAUAGCUCGAGCUUCAGUGUCGCUUCCCCGUUUUUAAAGUCCUUCAUGCAGGUCGGUAGCAGAUUUGGCGAAAGCACAUUGAAGCUGGGAUCGAUACUGACCGAUGGACAAGUCGGAAUAUUCAAGGAUAGAUCAGCAGCUGCAAUGUCAACAUUCGGCGAUAUCUUACCUGCACAAGCAGCCGGUCUACUCUCUUCCUUCACAACCACCAGAUCAGAUUGAUGAAUUUCAGGCUAUGUGAUUCGGAGUUGAAUGGUUUUGAGCAGAGGAGAGGAGAGAAAUCAGGUUUUCGGAACGGAACAGAAAAAAACGGAAGCGGGAGUUGCAGCAAGAAAUACGUUAUUACAGGCUUUGAAAACGGGAAAACAAGUUUUGUGUCCUGUCUUUUACCAUAGAAUAUCUUCAUUUAUUUUUUCUUAUAUAAGUUACCGUUGUGAAGUAAAUACUUUUGCCGCCACAGUGCUCAAGAGCGAAUGAUAUGAAUGUCAAAAUAA